GCGCAGGCAGCUCACUUCCGCCCGGCAGGUGACAGCCGUGGGGCUCCAAGCAGCCGGCGGCACGGACGCACCGGGAGAACGGGAGGACAAGGCCGCGGACAUUUUGCUGUCCUGCUGAGUCGCACCGUGGUGCCUGGAGCAGUUCGGACCUACAUUCAUUUGUUCCAGUUCUGCCUCAGUUUCCCUGAGAGCAGCACAAGAAAGACCUGCAGCCUUCCUACCCACUCCUGGUUGUUACAAGACUUAAUGAACCCGUGAAGGUUUCCACAAGACUUAAUGAACCCGUGAAGGAGGACGCCUCAGAGCUGUGAUUGAUAUAUAUAGUCUGGCCACAGAUAAGGGACCAAAAUGACCGACUCAAAAUAUUUCACCACAACCAAGAAAGGGGAGAUCUUCGAGCUGAAGGCAGAGCUCAACAGUGACAAGAAGGAGAAAAAGAAGGAGGCGGUGAAGAAAGUGAUUGCUUCAAUGACCGUGGGCAAAGAUGUCAGUGCUCUCUUUCCCGACGUGGUAAACUGUAUGCAGACGGACAACCUGGAACUAAAGAAGCUGGUGUACCUGUACUUGAUGAACUAUGCCAAGAGUCAGCCUGACAUGGCCAUCAUGGCUGUCAACACCUUUGUGAAGGACUGUGAGGACCCUAACCCCCUGAUCCGGGCCCUGGCUGUGCGGACCAUGGGCUGCAUCCGCGUUGACAAGAUCACAGAGUACCUGUGCGAGCCACUCAGGAAGUGCCUGAAAGAUGAGGACCCAUACGUGCGCAAGACAGCAGCCGUGUGUGUGGCCAAGCUACACGACAUCAACGCCCAGCUGGUAGAGGACCAGGGCUUCCUGGACACCCUUAAAGACCUCAUAUCUGAUUCUAACCCCAUGGUGGUUGCAAACGCUGUAGCUGCUCUCUCAGAGAUCGCCGAGUCUCACCCCAGCAGUAACCUCCUUGACCUGAACCCUCAGUCUAUUAAUAAGCUACUAACAGCCCUGAACGAGUGCACUGAAUGGGGCCAGAUCUUCAUCCUGGACUGCCUGGCCAACUACACGCCCAAAGACGACCGAGAGGCCCAGAGCAUUUGUGAGCGGGUCACCCCCAGGCUCUCCCACGCCAACUCAGCUGUGGUGCUUUCUGCUGUGAAGGUGCUAAUGAAGUUCAUGGAGAUGUUGUCCAAGGACCUGGACUACUAUGGCACAUUGCUCAAGAAGUUGGCCCCACCCUUGGUUACACUGCUGUCAGCUGAGCCUGAGCUGCAGUAUGUGGCCUUGCGCAACAUCAACCUCAUCGUGCAGAAAAGGCCUGAGAUCCUAAAGCACGAGAUGAAGGUCUUUUUCGUGAAGUACAAUGACCCCAUCUACGUGAAGCUGGAGAAGUUGGACAUCAUGAUCCGCCUGGCCUCCCAGGCCAACAUUGCCCAGGUCUUGGCAGAGCUUAAAGAGUACGCAACAGAGGUGGAUGUAGACUUUGUACGGAAGGCUGUGCGAGCCAUUGGCCGUUGUGCCAUCAAGGUGGAGCAAUCUGCAGAGCGCUGUGUGAGCACGCUGCUCGAUCUCAUCCAGACCAAGGUCAACUAUGUGGUCCAGGAAGCCAUCGUGGUUAUCAAGGACAUCUUCCGCAAGUACCCCAACAAGUAUGAGAGUGUGAUCGCCACACUGUGCGAGAAUCUGGACUCCUUGGAUGAGCCCGAGGCCCGGGCUGCCAUGAUCUGGAUUGUGGGCGAGUAUGCCGAGCGGAUCGACAAUGCCGAUGAACUGCUGGAGAGCUUCCUCGAGGGCUUCCAUGAUGAGAGCACCCAGGUUCAGUUGCAGCUGCUGACAGCCAUUGUGAAACUCUUUCUGAAGAAGCCGACAGAGACCCAGGAGCUGGUGCAGCAGGUCCUCAGCUUGGCCACUCAGGACUCAGACAACCCGGACCUGCGGGACCGUGGCUACAUCUACUGGCGCCUGCUCUCUACAGACCCAGUGGCUGCCAAGGAGGUGGUGUUGGCUGAGAAGCCACUCAUCUCUGAAGAGACUGACCUCAUCGAGCCCACACUGCUGGAUGAGCUCAUCUGCUACAUUGGCACACUGGCCUCUGUCUACCACAAGCCACCCAGCGCCUUUGUGGAGGGAGGCCGGGGUGUUGUGCACAAGAGCCUGCCACCCCGCACUGCCUCGAGUGAGAGCACAGAGAGCCCUGAGACAGCCCCUGCUGGAGUGCCCUCUAGUGAGCAGCCGGAUGUCAUCCCUGCCCAGGGCGACCUGCUGGGCGACCUCCUCAACCUGGACCUCGGGCCCCCAGUGAGCGGCCCACCUCUGGCCACCUCCUCGGUGCAGAUGGGAGCUGUGGACCUCCUUGGUGGUGGCCUUGACAGCCUGAUUGGGGGCCCCAACUUUGUGACACCCCCAGCAGCAGCAGUACCAGCCAACCUAGGAGCACCCAUGGGCAGUGGCCUGAGUGACCUCUUUGACUUGACCAGUGGUGUGGGCACCCUGUCUGGAUCAUACGUGGCCCCCAAAGCAGUUUGGCUCCCUGCCAUGAAAGCCAAGGGGUUGGAGAUCUCAGGCACAUUCACCCGCCAAGUGGGCUCCAUCUCCAUGGACUUGCAACUGACCAACAAGGCCUUGCAGGUCAUGACCGACUUUGCCAUCCAGUUCAACCGCAACAGCUUUGGCCUGGCCCCCGCUGCCCCGCUCCAGGUCCAUGCACCGCUCAGCCCCAACCAGACUGUGGAGAUCUCCCUGCCUCUCAACACAGUGGGCUCGGUCAUGAAGAUGGAGCCUCUGAACAACCUACAGGUGGCCGUGAAGAACAACAUCGACGUCUUCUACUUCAGCACCUUGUACCCCUUGCAUAUCCUCUUUGUGGAGGACGGAAAGAUGGACCGGCAGAUGUUCCUGGCGACGUGGAAGGACAUUCCCAAUGAGAACGAGGCCCAGUUUCAAAUCAGAGACUGCCCCCUCAAUACAGAGGCCGUGAGCAGCAGGCUGCAAAGCAGCAACAUCUUCACAGUCGCCAAGAGGAACGUAGAGGGUCAGGACAUGCUCUACCAGUCCCUAAAGCUGACCAACGGCAUCUGGGUGCUGGCGGAGCUACGCAUCCAGCCAGGGAACCCCAGCUUCACGGACUUGGAGCUGUCCCUGAAGUGUCGAGCACCAGAGGUGUCCCAGCACGUGUACCAGGCCUACGAGACCAUCCUCAAGAACUAAGGCCCUGUCCGGUGCCUACCCCAGCCUUCUCCCAGCCCAGUGAGGAGUCCCCUGGGGUUGACAGCACCCCCAUCUCCUGGGAGGGGCCAGGGAAGACUCCCAGCCACCUUGGGGCUCCCUGAUCCUGACUGCAGGGCCUGCCCGGGUCCAAGAGCAGUGCAGCAGUCCUCCUGGAAUGAAAUUUCAGUGUACUCCCGAGCUCUGGGGCUCCCCUCUUCCAUUGCUUCUGACACUUAGGGUCAGUUGAGAGGGGACCAAAGAGACAGCUAGAGCAGCUGCAGAAGCUGGACAGAGAGACCCAGUGUUCUGUUCCUUUUGCUGGGGGCAAGUGUGAGGUUCCCUCCUCAGGCUGCCAGCCUGGAAAGUGCCCUACCCCUGUCUCUCUUGGGUUGGUGUUAGCAGCCGUUUCCACUUCCCAUUCUCUUGGGAUGGCCCCUGCCAGGCUGUCCUGGCAUGUGUGGAAGGUCCCCUUGGUAUCCGGAGAACAGUUAUUUCAGGGUCUGGGACUCCCAGGGCCUGUACCCCCACACCCUCCCUCCCUGCAUCUGCCCCAUGCUUGGGCCCAGUAGCUGUGCGAGUAGCGCCACAGCCUCCUGAGAGCUGACCUGCAUGGUGAAGGCCAGGCAGAAGCUCCCAAAGCCCCUGCCUGGGGUCCUACUCCCCUGGCAGUUGCUCCCCAAUUCUGCCCCUGAGGCCGGUCACUGCCUGUGAUACAUUCCUCUCUGUCCCCUGGGCUCCCAGAGCAAAGACAGGGCUGAGGGUUGGGGAACUAGUGCAAGUGGGUGCCUCCUGUCCAGGGUUUCUUUGGAGUUUCUCCUUAGUGUCUGCUGCCCUCCUCCCGGCUCCGCAAGUGUCAGUUAUGUCUGACAGAGCAUUAGGUUUUCCUGUUCCUGCUGUUUAAUAAUAAAGAUUCUGCUUUUGGCAAUCAUGGA